AUGCACCAACUCGAGUUCGCACUUGCACCAUAUCUCUAUCCGCAGCUGGAGCCAUUCUACAGUGAAGAUGAAGCUGUCUCUGAUGUGGGACUGGCGGAGGAAGAAGAUGUCAGGCAAGGACAGGUGGCAGAGCUGCAAGUCAUGGUAGCGGAGACGGAAAGGGGCAGAGGCGUAGGUACCUUCCUGGUCAAGGCAGUGCUGGCUUCACUCGAGACAGACUGGCGAUACUCGAUGGUGCAGGCAAGCUGCUUCCCCGAGAACGAGGCUUGUCGGAAACUGUUGGAGCGAUGCGAAUUCCAGAGCGUCUCGACAAGGAGUAAAGUGGUCAAGAUGAUCGACGGCCCCAGGAAAGGCGAUUGGAGAGAUCUUGUCACCUUUGAAUUCAAGCUACCACCAAUACCGCCGUCGAAGCGACAGCAGCAGCAACCGCCACCGCCACUUCAGCAAGAGCAUCCACUUUGGACUGCACCGGUCAUAAAUCUGACAAUCGAUCCAAAUGCGUUGUUCAAACGACCACGACUCGGAUGA